ACUCCUGGGCCUCAGCUCAGAGUGCAGAUACACACGGAUCACAGGAGCAUCAACAGGACUCGACUCGAGAGACCAUGAGCACCCAGUUCAGCAAAGGACCCACAUUUGGACUCUCCGCUGAUGUCAGGAACAAGCUGGCACAGAAGUAUGACCCUCAGACGGAGGAGGAUCUGAGGAUGUGGAUCCAUGAGGUCACAGGUCGAACGGUUCAUGACAACUUCAUGGAGGGACUGAAGGACGGCGUGAUCCUGUGCGAGCUGAUCAACAAACUGCAACCUGGAUCCGUUCCGAAGAUCAGUCAUUCAACCCUGAACUGGCACAAGUUAGAGAACAUCACUCACUUUAUUCGAGCCAUCGGUGAAUACGGCCUGAAACCACAUGACAUCUUUGAGGCCAACGACCUUUUCGAGGACAUGAACCACACCCAGGUCCAGUGUACCCUCAUCACAUUGGCUGGAGUGGCCAAGACUAAAGGCUUCUACACAAAAAGUGACAUCGGUGUGAAGUAUGCAGCAAAAAAACUAAGGAAAUUCAACCCUGACAAGAUGAAAGCGGGGGAUAGCAUUAUCAGCCAGCAGAUGGGCUCCAACAAAUUUGCCAGCCAAAAGGGUAUGACCUCCUAUGGAACCAGGCGCCAUCUCUAUGAUCCCAAUAUACAGAUGGAAAAACCAGCGGAUCGAUCUACUAUAAACCUCCAAAUGGGCACCAACAAAUGUGCCAGCAUGGCUGGAAUGUUUGCUCUUGGCACGGCGAGACAGGUGACAGAAAAGAACGUGAAUCUAGACCCGGUGGACACUACAACCGUGUCUCUGCAGAUGGGAACCAACAAAGUGCCGUCUCAGAGCGGCCUCACCCCAAUGGGAGGCUCACGUCUAGUGUACGACCGCAAAUACUGCGCCAAGCCUGAUGAACAAGACGGCAUUGAUUUUGUUAAUUAAUACACUUACACUCUGGUAUUCAGCAUUGGUAGACCGUAGACGAUGUCCCUUUUUCCUGAUCCCAGACCAGCUUAACUAAAACAAAUAAUCAUCUUUACAGUAUGUGGACAAUGUAUUAGGCAUACAGUGCUUAAUUAGAGAAUCAAUUAAGCUGCUCUAUUGGUUAGUUUAAAGGGGAUCAUCUACCACACAACAACUCCAAAUCGACUGGUUUAGGUGCUUUGCCUUAUAUAUUAACCUUUGUCUUUAAAUUCCUCAAAA